GUUCACGCUGAUGUGGUGUUCUGAAGUUAGCAAGCCUGGUCGAACGAUUCUGACAUAUUCUUUGGUUUAAUAGUAACUUUGCUUUGUUAGAAAAAACAAAAAAACAUGCCUUACUUUCAGACUUGGGAGGAGUUCGCCCGUGCAGCAGAAAAACUGUAUCUGACAGACCCCAUGAAGGUCCGUGUGGUUCUGAAGUACAGACACUGCGACGGCAACCUCUGCAUCAAAGUGACCGACAACGCCGUGUGUUUACAGUACAAGACGGACCAGGCCCAGGACGUGAAGAAGAUCGAGAAGCUCCACGGAAAACUGAUGAGACUCAUGGUGUCCAAGGAGACGCACAGCGGGUCCAUGGAGACGGACUAAAACGCUCUCCAGGCUCUGGCCUUGUAGAGCACCCGGACUGAGUUCAGUGGACACACUGGUUGUUGAGAGCGCAGUACCACCUGACUGCAACGUGGAGUCCGAGAGAUGUGAAUGUGGUGGGAUUGAUCUGGCUGCCUACACUGAUCUAAUGCCGUCAGGGACGUGUCACUCGCACACACUCACACACACACACACACACACACACUCGCACACUCGCACACACACA